AUGGUACGCAUCUCUGGACUGCUUUCUCCAAUGGAUAUUGUGUCGACAUCCCAAAUGGCCCAGAGGACGGGACUGGGACGACAGAAACAUAACGUGGCUGGAGGUUCUUCAUCAGUGGUCCUGUCCACAGCCAGCUCCUUCCUGUGUUGGCUCGCCCUGCUGUCAAUAAUCCGGUUGCCAAUGGUAACAGCUGACUGCUGGCUUAUCGAAGGCGAGAAAGGCUUUGUGUGGCUGGCCAUCUGCAGUAUGAACCAGCCCCCUUAUGAGGCCAUCCCCGCCCACAUUAACAGCACUAUUGUGGAUCUGAGGUUGAAUGAGAACAAGAUACGGUCAGUCCAUUAUUCUUCGCUCAGUCGCUUUGGCAACCUCACCUAUCUGAACCUCACCAAGAACGAUAUCAGCUAUGUCGAAGACGGAGCGUUCUCAGCACAAUUCAACCUGCAGGUUCUCCAGAUGGGUUUUAACAAGUUGAGGAACCUGACAGAGGGGAUGCUGCGCGGACUUGGCAAGCUGCAGUAUCUCUACCUGCAAGCCAACCUCAUUGAGACUGUUACACCCAACACCUUCUGGGAAUGUCCCAACAUAGAGAAUAUAGACCUCUCCAUGAACAGGAUCCAGGUGUUGGACGGCAGUUUGUUCUCUGGACUCUCUAAGCUGACCACCUGUGAACUUUACACCAACCCCUUCAACUGCUCUUGUGAGCUGCUGGGUUUUCUGCGCUGGCUCUCCGCCUUCCCAAACAGGACCAGUGAGCGGAUGGUGUGUGAUUCCCCUCAAGGAUUCUCUGGGUACAAUCUCCUGAGCCAGAACCCCCGCAUGCCCACCCAACGUAAUGCUCUGCACAUGCUCAGUGUGGUAUGCACAGACGACGGCAGUAGCGUGACAUCAAUGUAUUUCAUGGGCCCGGCUGACUCCACCACCCCACCCCCGGAUUUUGCCUCUCCCUGCGGAUUGGACGAUUGUGCUUCCGGGACUCCUCCUGAUGAGGUGAUCACCUUGAGCCCCAUUUUCUCUGACAUCUAUCCGAUCAUGACACUCAAACAGGUGCUGCACUCAAGCGCUGUGAUAACAGUUCAGAUCCCUCAUCCGUACAGGAAAAUGUACAUCCUGGUGCUUUAUAACAACAGCUUCUUCACAGAUAUUCAGAAUCUGAAAAAUCAAAGAGAAGAUAUUGAGUUAAAGAACUUAAAACCUAACACCGACUACACAUACUGUGUGGCUUCUAUACGAAACUCCCUACGUUUCAACCACACCUGUUUGACCAUUUCUACUGGUCGCCGGGCCGGUCCUGAAAGGAUAGCCAACCAGUCAUCAGCUACCCACUACAUUAUGACAAUUUUGGGCUGUUUGUUUGGCAUGCUGCUCUUCCUUGGCCUUGUUGUUCACUGCUUGAGGAAGAAGAGGAUCAUGCAGGAGAAGGAGAGGAAGAUGAGUAGGAUCCAGAGGACUCUGAUAGAGCUCAAGUAUGGUGGAGAAGGGGAUAUAGAGGGAGGGAGCGGAGCAUCUGUUUCCCAGAAGCUUGGCGGUGGGGACAGUUUGACCAGGAUGCCCUACUUACCUCAGGGUGGUGAGAUUGAUCCGUACAAGCUGCAGGAGGUGAUAGAAACACCGGCGCACAAGCCUACUAAACUGAACUACAUGGAGGUCAGAGGGUCUGGUGUGGAGAGGGAAAGAGAACGAGAGCGGGAAAGAGAGAUGUCACCACAAGCAAACCCCCAGGGUUCAGUGGCAGAGAUCUCAACCAUCGCUAAAGAAGUUGAUAAAGUUAACCAGAUCAUCAACAACUGCAUAGAUGCUCUCAAAUCUGAGUCUACCUCCUUUCAACAGGGGAUGAAAUCUCCCUCUUCGGCAGGCGGAGGGGCUGUUUCAACGGCAGAGCCACAGCUGGUUCUUCUGUCUGAACAAGGAGAGCGAGGAGAGAGGGGAAACGAGUUCCUCUCACCGGUGUACAAAGGAGGAAGAGGAGGAAGGGAAGAGAGGGGGAGAAGCUACCACCAUUCACUGCAGCGACACCACAGCAUGGAGGCUCCUCCGACCUCUAAAAGGCCCAGCACCUCUUCUUCUCCCGGCUCUGCCCGCAGUCCACGCUCGUUCCGCUCAGAGGGAGGCUACCACUCAUCAGAGACCCGCUACAUUGAGAGGAGCUCACCAGGAGAGAGAGGAGGAGAAGCCAUUCGUACAGUCAACCCGGCAGCGGCAAUCUUACGAGCUGAAGCCCAGAGAAUCCGUCAGUACAAUGAACACCGCCACUCCUACCCCGGCUCACAGCAGCACCUCCAGGAGCUGCAGCACCACCCGCAGAUCCUGCAGGAGCUCCACCACCAUCCAGGUGGCCGUAAGCCCUCUGUGUUAGAUCCUCUCACUCUCAGCAGGCAGGCCAAGCAGCGGGAGCUGGCUUACUCCCAGCUCUCACCACACUACCCGCUCUCGCCCCAGUACCACAAUCUCAGCUACUGCUCCAGCCCCGAUGAAGAUGAGGAGGACGAAGGGCUCCUCUGCACCCCAACCCUUGGGCUGUGGGAGAGGUUCAAACUUCACCGGAAGAGGCACCGGCAGGCGUCCAUGGAAGAUGAAGGAUACGUGGCAGCCGGACACGCGCUGAGGCGAAAGGUUCAGUUUGCCAAGGAUGAGGAUCUCCAUGACAUACUGGACUACUGGAAGGGUGUGUCCGCCCAGCAGAAGGCCUGA